UUCCUUUCUGCAGAGCAUUGUUUCGCCACCGUUACAAUGGAAAACAUUCUUGAGCCGAGCAGUUCCGACGAUAAUAUGGCACCGGACAACAAGAAGGAUCUGCAGUCGCUGCUUUCGUCGGAGGACGAUUUUUUCGAACCUACACCCCGCACCAGCAGACGCGAAUCGUCGGGCAACGAGAGUAAAUCGAUCGGCACGCUGAAAACGGAGUUUGAAGAUAUAAUACUGCCCGAAAUGGGCCACGACAGCAGUAUCAUCCUGAAGGAGCUCAAGGAUCGGGAGCGGGAGAAGCGCAAGGAAAGCAAAAGCAAACGCGAGAUCGAGGAAGAGGAACGCGAAAAGAUGCAGGUUCUUGUUUCAAACUUCACGGAGGAACAGCUCGAUCGGUACGAAAUGUAUCGCCGCGCAGCAUUUCCGAAGGCUGCCGUAAAGCGCCUGAUGCAAACGAUCACCGGGUGUUCCGUGUCGCAGAAUGUGGUCAUUGCGAUGUCCGGAAUUGCGAAGGUGUUUGUCGGCGAGGUGGUAGAAGAAGCGCUCGAUGUGAUGGAACAGACCGGUGAAAGUGGAGGUGCUAUCCAACCGAAGUAUCUGCGCGAAGCCGUUCGUCGGCUGCGCAACAAAAACCAGAUUCCGAAUGGACGAGGACAUCGGCAAUUUUUUAAACUAAACUAAGGCUACGUUUGAA